AUGUUUGUUGCCACCGCCCGUGCCCUCAAUGGCAAGCCGCCAGCUAUCAAGUGGUUGCAAGACAAAAUGCUCAUCAAUGGCAAAUUUGUGCCUGCCGUUUCGGGAAAAAUGAUGGACGUCAUAAACCCGGCGACGGAGGAGGUGUGCGCCCGCGUGGCUGAGGCGGAUGCCGCCGAUGUGGAUCUCGCCGUUACGGCUGCCCGCAAGGCGUUUGACAGUUACCGCACCACCGACGGCGCCUACCGCCGCUCGCUGAUGUUGAAACUGGCCAACCUCAUCUACCAGCACCGCGAGGAGUUGGCCGCGAUUGAGACUCUUGAUAAUGGCAAGUCGUACAACGCCGCGCUGAACGUGGACCUGCUGCUGAUGGAGGAGUGCUUCCGCUACUACGCGGGGUGGGCGGACAAGAUCUACGGCCGCGUCGCCCCUGUCAGCGGGUGCAACUUCAGCUUCGUGAAGCGCGAGCCGGUGGGAGUAUGCGGGCAGAUCAUCCCGUGGAACUUCCCACUGCUGAUGGCCGCGUGGAAACUCGCCCCCGCCCUUGCGAUGGGAAAUACCGUCGUGCUAAAGCCGGCAGAGCAGACGCCGCUCGGUGCGCUGCGCCUCGGCGAGCUGCUGAUGGAGGCCGGUUAUCCCCCGGGCGUCGCUAACAUUCUUCCGGGCUUCGGCAGCACUGCCGGCGCACACCUCGUGCGGCACCGCGAUGUGGACAAGGUCGCCUUUACCGGCUCCACUGCUGUUGGCCGCCAGAUCUUGUGCAUGGCGGCGGAGAGCAAUCUGAAACGGGUGACGCUCGAGCUCGGCGGCAAGUCGCCGCUCAUCGUCUGCGAUGACGCCGACCUCGACGCCGCCGUGGACGUGGCCUCGCACGGCGUGUACUUCAACAUGGGCCAGGUCUGCACUGCGUCGUCCCGCAUCUUUGUCGACGCCAAGGUGCACGACGACUUUGUGGCGCGGCUCAAGGUGGCAGUGGAGAAGCGGCGCGUCGGCCCCGGCAACGACCUCGCAAACGAUCAGGGCCCGCUCGUCUCAGCGCGGCAGCAGCAGCGCGUGCUUGAGUACAUCGAGAAGGGGAAAGCAGAAAGGGCAACACUCGUCACAGGCGGCGGCAGGCAUGGCACCCGCGGCUACUUUGUGCAGCCCACCGUCUUCACGGACGUCACAGACAACAUGACAAUCGCGCGUGAAGAGAUCUUCGGUCCCGUCGCGAGCGUUUUGAAGUUCCACACAAUGGAGGAGGCGGUGGAGCGCGCCAACGCAACGACGUACGGCCUCGCCGCCGGCAUCUGCACAUGCGAUCUUGAUAAGAUCAUGCACUACUCAUCCUUCCUGAAGGCUGGCACGGUGUGGGUGAACUGCUGGAACCGUUACGAUGCCGCCAUGCCGUUCGGUGGGUGCAAACAGAGCGGCAUCGGCAGGGAGUUGGGGGAGGAGGCGUUGUCCAAUUACACGGAGACCAAGUCUGUAUUCAUCGCGCUAAAGAGUCCGUUUGUCAAGAACUAA